CAGAGACAGAUGACCCACUUAAUAGAUCAUGUCCAAAUUUAGUGAUGACAAAAUUUUAGGAUAUGGGUUAAAAGUGUUCUGAAGCGCUCUGAAGAUGGUGAUGUCUAAAUUCUUCGUUAGGAAUAAUUUCUCUCUUCGCAGCGUUUGCAAGAGAAUGGUUUUACUCUGGAGGCGCUCACCCUCACAGGAUUAUGCAACAGCAUUAGAAGCACGUCCAGAGGAAGAGCGUAACGUUGGAAAAGGGCUGACGGACAGAGAAGAAGUCUUUUUUACCGAUGAGAAAGGCGAUUCGGAUGGAAGGCAAAGUGGCCCUAAUUAUGGGAGGGACAAACGAAAUUGGCGUGCUUUGUGUGAGGGAGAUGCUCACGGCCGGAGUUGGGGAGGCGUCGCUAAACGAUUCGUACGUUCAAAGUUUUUCUUGCUAAGUGAGGGACUUGCGACGUUUAGUAGGCACAUUUAACUUUUCUGACAUCCAAAUAAGUCUGUAAUGAUUGCAGAUGAAGACGAAGAAUCAGGCAAAAAUCUAGUUGUUAAAUUGAGCGCCGAGUAUGGACCUGAAAAAACUGCAUUCAUACGUACUAACUUUGCAUGCGACAAUCUCUUGAAUAAUGCAUUCGAAAAAACUUUGGAGCAUUUCCAAAAAAUUGACGUAUUAGUGAAUAUAGCAAAUUCAGUGGGACAUCGCAACUGGGAAACUGAAAUUGACAAAAACGUGAAAGGUAUAGUCAAGAGUACAUUGUUAGGCUACAAAUACAUGGACGCGUCGAACGGCGGAGACGGUGGCUCUGUUCUGAACAUGGUUUGUGAUAGAGAGAGCACACUAGCGACACCUUAUUUCGAGGGAUGUAGACACUAUCUUGUCGCCUUCGGAAAAACUAUGUCCCAGCAAAAUCAUAUAAACACAGGUGUUAAGAUCGUCACUUUGUUUGUUAAUGUGGACGAUGUGUAUAAUCAGAACGACGGUUGCUUGGAAAAAGGUAGGAAAAAUGAAUGCGACAUUCCAAAUCUAAUACGCUUGGCAAGAACUGGAUCCAUUUGGACAACAUAGAAUAUCUAUCAAUUUGAAGUGACUCCUAUUCAUGUUUUUAAACAACUGUGUCGGAACAUACAGAUGAACUGUCAAUCUAACCUUACAUUUCCGAAUAAAUCCUAUUUAUAUUUAGACAUAUUUAUUUGUACUCGUAGCACGUAUAAACAAACGUCAAACAAAUU